AUGGCAGAGGGAAUGAUGGGUAAAAAAGACAUGUGUCAGCCCGCACCGCGCCACUACCACCUGCUUCUGGGUGGGGCCUUGCUGCUUCUGCUGGUCAGUUCAGGACUGAGCUGCCCCGCUAGGUGCGAGUGCUCUGCCCAAAGCAAGUCGGUCAGCUGUCAUCGAAAACGUCUGCCCUCCAUCCCCGAAGGCAUCCCCAUCGAGUCGCGAGUCCUGGAUCUCAGUAAAAACAAGCUACGGAUCAUUACACCGGACAACUUCUCCUCCUUCCUGCAGCUGGAAGACCUGGAUCUCAGUGAUAAUCUCAUCAGCGUCGUUGAGCCUGGAUCGUUUCGUUCACAACUUGCUUUACGCUCCCUCAACUUUCGCAGCAACUUGAUUCAGCUGGUGCCCGCUGGGGUUUUGUCAGGCCUGACCAACCUUACCCGUCUCGACCUCAGCCACAACCGACUGGUGGUUCUCCUGGAUCAUGCUUUUCAAGAUUUGCGCAGGUUGUCUUCUCUAGAAGUAGGGGAUAACGAGCUUGUGUUUGUUUCUCAGCGGGCUUUUACUGGACUGCUUGGACUACAAAGUUUGACACUAGAACGUUCUAAUUUGACAGUGAUCCCUACUGAUGCUUUGGCUCACCUGCACAGCCUGGUAGAACUGCGAAUGCGCCACCUGAGCAUCAGUUUUCUAAAACCAUUCUCUUUUAAAAGGCUAUCUCGCCUCCGCCACCUGGAGAUUGAUUACUGGCCCUGGUUGGACACACUGCCACCUCUAUCACUGCAUGGCCUCAACCUCACCUCAUUGUAUAUUACCAACACUAACCUGUCUGCCUUUCCCGGUGCUGCACUGCGCAGUUUGCCCUACCUCACACAUCUGAAUCUCUCCUUCUGUCACAUCAGGCACAUACAGCAGGGGGAGCUAGGGGAGUUGCCGUACCUGCUGGAACUCCGCCUCCAAGGCUCUCAGCUGCUGUCCGUGGAGCCCUUUGCUUUUACAGGCCUCAAGUCUUUGCAGCUCCUGGAUGUGUCACACAAUCGCCUGGACUCUCUGGAGAGGGAGGUAUUUGGCUCUCCAGACAGCCUCCAGAGGCUGUGUCUGGGUGGAAACCCAUUAGUGUGCGACUGCAGGUUACUGUGGCUUCUCAACAGCCACAAGCCCCCUUCUCUGCACAUCCUGGAUGUCCAGCCUGAGUGCAGUGCCCCCGAGCACCUCCAGGGGAAAUCUCUUCGAGAACUCAGGGAGCCCCUUGUCUCUAGGUACAUGACCUGCACCAAACCAAGGAUCGGGCCCAACACAACUCAGCUCCUGAUGGCUGAUGAGGGCCAGCCCGCCCGGCUCAGCUGCACAGCAGAGGGAGCGCCGAGGCCCUCAGUGGUUUGGAUUACCCCUCACAAACGUCACAUCACAGCUAAGAGCAGCGGCAGGGUGGAGGUCCAAGCAGACGGUACCCUGGAGAUCAAGGCCACAGAGCUGCAUGACAGCGGGGUGUACUUAUGUAUUGCCAGUAACCCUGCUGGCAAUGCCAGCCUGUCGGCCUCUUUAGCUGUGAAGAGCCUGGGCAUUGGGGACAGAUUUCACUAUAGCAACAGGAGCUCAAACUAUCUGGCAGACUCUAACAACACUUGGGGAAAUGGAACAGUAUUGUACAACAUGACAGUCCCCAUAGACAUAAAGACUAUAAUUAUUUCCACAGCCAUGGGCUGCCUGUCAUUCCUAGGUGUGGUUGUCUUCUGUUUCCUUCUCCUUUUUGCCUGGAGCCGAGGAAAAGGACGGCAUAAGAACAACUUUGAUAUUGAGUAUGUCCCUCGUAAGUCCAAUGGGGCAACUUCAGAUGUGGCUGAAACCAGCGGCCCACGUCGGGUCAACAUGAAGAUGAUUUAA